UGAAUAAGUGCGACCUAUGAGAGUAUUCGGAUAGCGGUCAAUAUAAAUACCUCUCCAGCCUCACUUAAUUGAUCCGUAUCUUGGUGAUACAUUCCAUUCCAUUGUUGAUUAUAUUCUUGUAGAACAAUGAAUUAAGCAUCUUUUUUCUUCGUUCAAAUCAUGGAUUUGAAUUUUGAAAACAAGUUGAAGCAUCUCCCAUAUCACGAUAAAGUAGGUCCAUGCUAUACUCGUCCUGCUUAUCGUGAUGGUAAACGCAAGACAGCAGUUAAGGUGUUUACCAUAGCAGAUGAAUCUUGUUAUCUCCUGUUAUUUGGAGUCCCAUCAUUGGGUUUGGAGCAACCGUUAAAGGAAAGGUGUAAACAUUAUGGAAAUGUUGAAAGCUUAGUGAAGCUUAUUGAUUAUCCGGAUAAGGAUAUGUUUACAGAUGUUUUUCUGGUGAAGUAUAAAAGUGUUCAAACCGCAAGGUGUGAGAAUGUAUUCUUUUUAUAUGCGUUUUUCAAAAAUUUAUUCCUUUACGUUCCUAGUGGAAUAUAGGGAGGCUUCAAGGUGGAGGCUUGAAGUUUCGGUAGUACUGGUGUUUAUUUAUUUUUAUGGGAUGGAGUUGCUAGCCCCAACUACCCCAAACUUCCCUCUUUAUUAGUCUUGUUACUGGCUUAGGGAGGUUUAGGUAGGAAUGUGUCGGUGGUCGAACUCUGGGCCACAUGAGGCGUGGUUGGCGUGCUUUUUACCUCUGUGCCACCGACGUACCUUUUUAUGUGUGGUGUGUUGGUUAAUACUUUAGCUAGUUUUUGUUUUCCCAGCAAAAUUUUAUGAUAUUUUUCCUUAAAAUCCUGUUUAGAUUUGCCAAACGUUCAUUAGAUGAUUCUUCUUUUUAUGGAGGUUUUUUACAUGUAUGUUAUGCUCCUGAAUUCGAAACGAUAGCUGAUUGUCGUUUAAAGUUAUAUGAAUGUAGACGUUUAAAUGCAAGAAUAUCGAGAAAAGCAGAGCAUGAUUAUAGAGAAAAGUUUACCAGGACUUGUGAAUCAUCUACUUCGGAGCCAGUCCCCGCAAUCCCUUCUACAUCAAAUCAGGCAAUACCACAGUCACUUGAUGUUUGUCCUAGGGAAUUUGUGGAAUGCCAGAGUUUACCAAUGAAUACUGAUACUAUAUCCUCUUGUACACCUUUUUUAUCACAUGACAAUCCUACUAUGCAUCAAAUAAAUGAAACCGUCAGCUAUCCUCCAUGUGAUGCUUUAGAUGAUUCACGCUUGUAUUGGAAACAAUUUGGUACUCAACUUCCUGAUCAAAAUCAGUUGAAAGUUAAUCCAACUGGAAAUUCUAAUAUGUCUCCUGCUAUUAUUACUCAUAAUAUCAGUCAUCCGUCAGCCUCAAAUCAUCAUCAUCCACAAUCUGGGGAUUUAUCAACUGCACAAAAACGACCUAUACCUCUUCCUGUUCUACAAGCCUUAAGCUGUCGACCAUAUCUAGAGACUACUUCAAAGGCCGACAAACCCUUACCGACUGCAGUGACCUCAGAAACAAGUCAACAAGUGGUGCAGUAUUCAGUCAGUUCAUUUGUACCACGUAUUUUGAAUGAUACAAUUCGUAUGCGGAAUAUUCAUACUAAAAAUCCUAAAGCAUCUUUACCGGCUUCAGGAUCAUCAACGCCUAUAUCUGUUGGUGAAUUGAAACGCCUAGCUCAUUCCUUAGGUCCUGAACAAGGGCCUAGCUUACCACCACCACCAAAGCAAAAGAAAGUACACGAUGAUGGUGUCAAUAAUACUAAAAGAAUUGUGUUUCAUCGUACAAAAUUAAAACAGAAGGAUGGAUAUACUCCAACUUGUGAGGAGAAUUGAAAACAUGCAUUUCUGAAUUUAUGGUUCGCCAAGGAUAUUGUGUACAGUUAUUUGACGUGGCCGACAAUCUACGGGACAAUCAAUAUUGUAUAUAUAUAUGUACGUAACCAUAGGAAAGGUACUAGAGAGUAGUGAAGUGAUAAGUGAAGAUUUAUCUUUCCUAAGAGGUGUUCUCUUGGUGUUACUCUACUAUCCUUCGUAACAUUAAUGACGGUAUACACGGAAACAGUUGUUUGUACAUACAUUCUUUUGUUUUGAUUGGUGAUAUGUAUUCCAAAGUCUGUACAAAAUAAAAGAAUUUUGUGUAAUA